AUGGGCGUGGCUACGCAGCUCAUCUGCACAACCCGUGCGUGUCGUCAUGAGAACUCUAUUGCUCGACUAGAGAGAUCGGAGCCGAUGGUUCUGAAAGAAAUAGAGUUGCAAGAGAUUCAGGAUGGAAUUCGGGAUUUGGAGAGUUACGAUGAUGUUCCAGAAGAAGACGACUUCGCUCUAGAUUGCAGGGCGGCUGGCGGGGCUGUUGCUGCGGCGCCCGAGUGCCGGCUUCUGCCCUAUGCGCUGCACAAAUGGAGCUCCUUCUCCUCCACCUACCUUCCCGAAAACAUUUUAGUGGAUAAACCAAAUGACCAGUCUUCAAGAUGGUCUUCAGAGAGCAACUAUCCUCCCCAGUACUUGAUUCUGAAGCUCGAAAGGCCUGCUAUAGUUCAGAAUAUCACAUUUGGAAAAUAUGAGAAAACUCAUGUCUGCAAUUUGAAGAAAUUUAAAGUCUUUGGUGGAAUGAAUGAAGAAAAUAUGACAGAGCUAUUGUCUAGUGGCUUAAAGAAUGAUUAUAACAAAGAAACGUUCACCUUGAAGCACAAAAUUGAUGAACAGAUGUUCCCUUGUCGAUUCAUUAAAAUAGUUCCACUCUUGUCCUGGGGGCCCAGCUUUAACUUUAGCAUCUGGUAUGUUGAACUUAGUGGCAUUGAUGAUCCUGAUGUAGUACAACCCUGUCUCAACUGGUAUAGUAAGUACCGUGAACAGGAAGCCAUUCGCCUUUGCCUAAAACACUUCAGACAACAUAACUAUACAGAGGCUUUUGAAUCACUGCAAAAGAAAACCAAGAUUGCAUUGGAACAUCCCAUGUUAACAGAUCUUCAUGACAAACUGGUGUUGAAGGGUGAUUUUGAUGCUUGCGAAGAGUUGAUUGAAAAAGCUGUAAAUGAUGGCUUGUUCAAUCAGUAUAUCAGUCAACAGGAAUAUAAACCACGAUGGAGUCAAAUCAUUCCCAAAAGCACCAAAGAUGAUGGAGAAGAUAACCGGCCAGGAAUGAGAGGAGGCCAUCAGAUGGUUAUUGAUGUUCAAACAGAGACUGUUUAUUUGUUUGGUGGCUGGGAUGGAACACAAGAUCUUGCUGACUUCUGGGCAUACAGUGUGAAGGACAACCAGUGGACAUGUAUCUCUAGAGACACUGAGAAAGAGAAUGGUCCUAGUGCCAGAUCAUGUCAUAAAAUGUGCAUUGACAUUCAGCGGAGGCAAAUCUACACAUUGGGGCGUUAUUUGGAUUCCUCUGUGAGGAACAGCAAAUCUCUGAAAAGUGAUUUCUAUCGAGCAGCAGUCUCCAACCUUUUUGCCACCGGGGGCUGGUUUCCUGGAAGAAAAUAUUUUCAUGGACCAGAGAACCACGGCGGCAAUGCCUUAGAAGGGACGGACGGCACCCUUAUGCCAAGUGGGAAACCCAAUGCAACCCACGUGACGAUUAACCUGGCCCAAGGGCAGUUUGGCCUGCUUGGAGUCUGA